AUGGCUGCUAAGUUUGCACAGGGACUUAUCAUACUAGUUAUCACUGCUUCAAUGUUUGCAGUGUGCAUGGCCAACAAGGACUGGUCCUCUGGUUUCAACUAUUCCGAUGGGUGGUCUAGGUUCGGGAAUCAAUGCAAGAACAAAACACAAGCACAAUCCAAGCAGAUACUCGUGGGUGGUUCGGAGCAUUGGCACUUUGGCUUCAACUAUACCGAUUGGGCCUUCAAGAAUGGUCCAUUUUACAUCAACGAUACUCUUGUUUUCAAGUAUGAUGCUCCAAACGCCACCACUUUCCCACACAGCGUGUACAUGUUUCAAAAUUUCUGGAGCUUCUUGAAUUGUGACCUUAAAAGGGCUAAGAUGCUGGCGAAUCCCACACAAGGUGGAGGGGAGGGCUUCAAGUUUGUGUUGAAGAAGUGGCAGCCUCAUUACUUCGCCUGUGGUGAGAGAAAUGGAUUCCAUUGCAACAAUGGGACCAUGAGGUUUGCUGUGAUGCCAAUGCUUCGUCCUUUCUGGCCCUGGCCAUGA